AUGUCUUCACUUUCGCGUCGCGCGUGCUACAAGUGUGGCAAUGUUGGACACUACGCCGAGGUGUGCUCGAGCACCGAGCGACUGUGCUACAACUGCAAGCAGCCGGGCCAUGAGAGCAACAACUGCCCAAGCCCCAGAACGACCGAGACGAAACAAUGCUACCACUGCCAAGGACUUGGUCACGUUCAGGCUGACUGCCCUACGCUACGUCUGAGCGGCGGUGCUGCCGGCGGAGGACGAUGCUACUCUUGUGGACAGCCCGGCCAUCUUGCGCGCAACUGCCCGACUCCCAACUCCGCGCCAGUCGGUCGCGGCGCUGGCGGCCCAGCUCGCGGCGGUUAUGGCGGAGGCAACUUCCGAGGUGGAUUUGCUGGCGGUAACCGAGCAGCGACCUGCUACAAGUGUGGCGGACCGAACCACUUUGCGCGCGACUGUCAGGCUCAGGCUAUGAAGUGCUAUGCCUGCGGCAAGCUUGGACACAUCUCACGCGACUGCACUGCUCCCAAUGGCGGCCCACUGAACAGCGCAGGCAAGACCUGCUACCGCUGCGGCGAGGCCGGACACAUCUCACGAGACUGCCCACAGUCGGCCGACGGCACCACCAAUGGCGACGCUCCAGCGAUCAAUGGCGAUGCCAACCCGACUCCAACCACUGGCCUGCAACCCGAUGCAGCUGCCCUGGCACCUGUUGCUCCAGCACAGGUGGUGGCUUAA